UAGUGAAACAUGGGCUAUAGCGUGAACAACGUUGUAAAAAUCAAAACGGGCGAUAUGUUAAUCUCUUCAGCACAAACAUGAAACUAUGAUAAGAUAUAUAGUUCAUACGGAUAGCUGGUAUAACCGAUAGAUAUAACCAUGUACUCUGAUCUGGUCAACUAUUGACAUCUCAACGCUCAUUUAAAAACAUCUAUGCCGUUUGAUUUAUUGCGUAUUUUAUUAUUUUGACGGAUAAACUUCUUUAUUACAUGGACAUUUUAUGACAAUUUAAUUGAAACGAUGAUUUAUUAAUGAACUAAAUAGUGCACGAAUAUUUCGAUCAAGUGACAACAACUUUGAAGGAAUUAACCUUGAAAAAUUUAUACUUAGUUAUCACAGAUUCGAACUUGAUCAUAUAUUCUGUUAUGAUCGGCGGAUUCCCGUGUGGCACCAUAUGUCAUUACAACCAGGGUUCAAUACGUCACCACCAUUGCCAAAUUCGCUUCUGAUGACAUCAACCCCUGUUCCUCCAGUGCCACCUCCGCCUCCUGCAGCGCCAUCUGGAUCACUGACUUCUCUUACAUCGUCUCUUAACACUUCUUGUUGCGAAAAUGGUCGGCCAAUAAUAACUGAUCCUCAUACUGGACAGAGUGUGUGCUCGUGCCAGUACGGUUCGGGGUUACUAAGCGCUUACAGCCGGGUUCCAGGAUUAGGAGAAAGCAUGUACACUUCACCACACUACCCAACACAAAGUUAUAUGCCGUUGAAUACAGAUUCAUCGGCCUUCUAUUCCCCUUUGAAUGCUGCUGCACACUACGACACCCUCAAGGACCCUUCAGCAGCUGAUGCAUGGCGGGGCAUUACACAACCCACCGCUUGCUACCCAUACGACCAGACUAUGGUCCCAUACCCUUACCCAAACACUUACGGCGGCAUGGAUCUGAAUGGAGCAGCCAGAAGAAAAAACGCAACACGAGAAACGACGAACACUUUAAAAGCCUGGCUAUAUGAACAUAGAAAAAACCCAUACCCAACAAAGGGUGAAAAAAUAAUGUUAGCAAUUAUAACAAAAAUGACUCUGACGCAAGUUUCAACAUGGUUUGCAAAUGCAAGAAGGCGGCUGAAGAAAGAGAACAAGAUGACGUGGUCGCCUAGAAACAGAUGCGGUGAAGAUGAUGAUGACGAUGAUGCGGAUAAAAAUGAUGACAGUGAUGAUGGAGAUAAAAAAGACAUGGACAAAACAAACAACGACUCAAAAGAUAAAGAUAUCGAAGACGGAAUCGAUACACAAAUGACACAAAAUAAGGACACAAAGACAUUAACUAGUAGCUUUAGCACACCAGAUGAUGACCGACUGGGAUUAGAAGCAAGCCUUUCGCUGACACCACCGCCGUUGAAACCACAGGCAACCCUUGUUCCAGAUUUAAACUUAGGUAGCGAUCUCAAGCGACUAGGUUCUCCGUGUUCAAACAGCAGUGAUUCCGGUCUCAGCGACAUUAAUGGAUCCAUGUCUACAAAUGGAUCGGCUUCCGAUCAAAGCGACCCAUUGCGCCCUAGAAUAUGGUCCCUUGCCCAUGUAGCAACGUCCACUGCAGGACUGGUACCUCCUCUAAUGGAACACAAAGAUCAGAAUGCCAACCUUACGCAACUAAAACCACCUAAUUCGAACCCUAUGUCGAUGUCAGCUCCAACCUACACCUCUACAGGAAAUACCAUGAGACCCUGGCUGGAGACAUCCUUCAAUGUUGGAUCUUCACUUUUCUCACCAAUGUCUGGAACCUACAACACACUAGGGACACAAAGGCCAAGAGAAUCACCGUCUAGCAUGGUGAACCAGAGCCUAAAUUCUUUGAAUGGCUUGUCAUCCCCGGGACUUUCACGACCUUACCCGAGUCUAUCUUCCCUAUACACACCAGUUCGAGAUCUUACAAAAAGAAACUUAGAUACGAUGUCGGAUCUACGUUCCUAGUUUUAAUAGUAAGUUACUAUAUUGCUAAAAUGUUACUAUCAUUUGCAUUUACAAAUGUACCUGUUUCAGUUAGAACCCUAGAAGAACACUCGAUGUUCAAGUGUGGAAAAAUAACAAUAAAUAUAAUAUUAUUUAUAAAACAAUUAAAGAUGGUAAAUAAAUAAAAUACACAAUUACUGUCAAGUGUGGCAAAUCAACAGUGUUGGUGAAAGCAGUGUGAACAGAACGUGUGCAUUUGAUAAAAACUUUGUUAAAACAAAUGUGCAUAACUUACAUAAAAUGCGUAGAAGAAAAGUGAAGAUGUUACGGAUGAAGAAGUCCUUUUAGGCUGUGUCUAAAAUGUAUCGGGCAACGCCAAGAAUGAGAAGAAGUUGUUGCGUUGAACUGUGUCCCUGAAAAAAAAGAUGUUACAUACGGGUGAUUUUUUGUUAUUAAAAUGUGUACAUGUUUUUGCACAAAUGCAUACAGACAUUUUGGGAAUUGUUAUUGUAUAAUGUUGUGGUGCUUAAUAAUAGAAUUCAGAGUCCUCGGAAAGUUCUAUUAUAUCUUAAUUAAUGUAGACUGUUUAAAAUGUCCUAAUAUAAAUCAUGCAAGUGGUUGAACCUUUGUUAUUCGCCGCUUUGUCAGUGUUCAAAAGAAAGAAAUGUGUUUUGCAAUAUUUUAUUUUACACUUCACUAAUGCAUAUAAAACAAAAUCAAUAUAAAUGCAUAACCCCUUAGUUGAUGAUUAAUAGAUAUUCGACAUUGAAAAGGAAAAUAUGAAUUUGCAUGAAAUAAUAAAGUGAGAAAAGUUUAUUUUAAAAUGACAGCAAAUUCAUCAUUUGUUUUGCCAACGUGAAUCAUCUGGCCUCACUUGAUAAAAUCAACCAAUCAAAAUCAAGAAAAUGUGUCCUCCGAUAGAAAAACUACAAAAUUCCGAAUACUCGUGAUCGAAUGGAAGGAUAAGCAGGCCGAAAGCAAUUAAUCUUAAUGGAAGAAACUGUCAUUUGUUCUUUUAUACCAGAUCUGUAACUUUUUAUUGUAAAAAAAAUCUUUGACAUUAGGUAGCGAUAUAUGUGACGUUUAAAGGUAAAUACGUCGGUGUUGACAAAAAUCACCGGCAAAUUGUAGGUGAGAGACAACUAUUAAUAUGUCUUAAUUGUGUGAGAGCUUGUGACCAAGCUUUUCUCACUAGGCGUGCACUGACUUUUAUUGACCUUUUCCCUGAUAUUGCAUUAUCGAUUAAUGUUCAUUAAUUAAAUGUUCAAUGACACUGUAGUGCGACUCUGUAUGAGGUUUGUGUCAGGCAAAUAUCAUUUUUGCAAAUAUACGUAGUAUUUUAAGGAAGUUUCUUCAAGCAAUUAAGAAAAGUAACUUUUGAGUUCGCCUGUUAUUUUAAUAUAACUACCUAGGCUGCAAACAGCUUUAAAUGAUACACGUAUUUUUUGACAGAGACUGACUUCAAAAAAAAAUGUCGUUCUUGUCUUACAACUUUCCAUUUGAUUAUGGUCAUCAAAAAACAGUGUAUUUUUGAACAUGAAAGUAAACUUUUGUAAAUGAUAUGCAGGUAACUGACAUUUAUUCGCAUUCUGAAUGUGCUAUGUUUUUUCCUUCCUUUCAAAAACUAUGUUUGAUGGGAAAGAUUGAAUGUUGUUUUAUGUAAGGUAAUUAAGAAGUUGGAGUCAUAGAAGACAUUAAUGUUGUAAAUAGUUGUAUAAAAUCGUCACUAUUGCGGUGACAAUGUACCUUGAUAGUGCAAGAGAAAGGCUUAACAUUGCGACUGUUAGACACAACCGAGACUAUUAAUGUCUCGAGUUUUUGCAAAAACUUCAAGUUUUAUCGUUACAACGUCAUGUUGUUAACAAAUAUAUUUCAUGUUUUAUAUGAAAUUCUCGCCAAAGACACAAAUUACCAAAUUUGUUUACUCAUUGUAAUUUAUCAAUUUUAAUUUAUUCGUUCGAAAUGAUGACGACACGUUUUGAGCGUUAUAUCCAUUCUGUCUGACUUUCAAAUUCAUCUUUUUUUUUAAUUUCAUAUAAUGAAAGUAUGCUGACAAUAUAGCAAAAUAAUUCAUAUGAAUUUUAAACAACAAAUAAUACAUUCAUAAUUAUUCUGGAGCAUAUUUUUUAUUUUAAUUUUUUUAUUAUUAACAUUUUCAUUGUAAUAAACUUGCAGAGAAUAAGGGCUUUGAGAGUUUCCUUUUCCAUGUUUUUAUUACAUUUUUGAUAUUUUAAACGUUUAGGCUGCUGCAAGACAUGAUCUUCAGGCGUCGGGCAUUAAUUUUGAUGAUCUGCUCUUAUAAUAUUACUGUGCUGUCUAUUUAUACAUCAUGAUUUUCUCUUUCAUAAUCGUUCUCUGUCUCUGAUAUGUUGCAUCUUAACCCUUACCCAGCUAAAUCUCUAUAAUGAAUGUGUCCAUCUUUCAGCUGGGACAGUACCAUUAACUGUUUAAAGUGGUGCUUACCAAAAAAGAUACUGACUGAAUGGCGAACAGCGCAGAUCUUGAUCAGACUGCACGGAUGUGCAGGCUGAUAAUGAUCUACACUGGUCACAAAGGCAGAAUAAAUCAUGUCCAGCAUGAUAAGGGUUAACAAACCGAAACAUAUUUUUUAUUAUUUUUUAACUAUUAUUAAUUUAAUGAUAAGGUAUAAACACAUCUCGGGAGGUGUCUGUCUCUUCAUAUCAUAAUAAAUAAUUAAAAAUUAUACUAUCUAAACGACUUGAAUAAUAUAUUUAAUGUGAAACUACUGGUGGUUUCAUGACGGAAACAUUUGCUGUAUUAAACCACGCAGUGAAAUAGUACUUGUUUAUUGAUCUAAAUGUAUACUAAAUACGGCACUAAAUGAAAAACAGAAAUUAUGACCUCCACCUUUCAAAAAUAUCAAUUUCAUAUGGUUAUCUCAUUAAUUGUUUCAUAGUUUCCCCACUUAAACUCUUGUCAAUGUAAAUAAAUAAACAAGUGCUAUGACUUUUUGUUAAUUUUUGUUGUGUGCUGAAUGUCUCUCUACGGUUUUUAUUUAUUAUAAUUGACACAAAAUGUAAUAUUAAAUGUUUGUUUUCAUGCAUGAAUUAUAUCUUAUGUCAUUCCGAAUAUUUUGAAAUUGUUUGAAAUAAAUAUUAUAGGUCAGACAAAUUAACCUGUCGUAGAUCUCUAAGCGAAUUUUCGAGGUAAUCUGAUUGUUUUAUUUAAAAGCAAACAUGAAAGUAAUUUAUUUCCGGAUAUGCAUUUUUAUUUAUAUAAGUUGCGACAUUUGAGACAAAUUAGACAAGUCUUCAAAGAGCAAUUACUUUGGUCGCAUGAAAAAAAGACAACCAAGAAAAUAUUAUAAUUUCUGCCACUGUAAACAGGAUUCAUAAUGUAUAUAAACAACAUAUGACUAACGACAGGUCAGUUUGUAUCACCUAUACACAUGUCUCAUGUUAUAUACUUAUGAUUUUUUUUUCUGACGACAAUAAACGUCUAGACAAAUUAU